AUUAAUACAUCAGGCUCUCAACAUCUGUGUACUUUGACACCAUUUUGUGAAAAGAUCUCCUGCAAGCAAAACAAACACCAUGAGAUCUUGCAGCUUUUAAACAGCAUGUCUCUUUCUACUAAAGAGGAUCAGAAAAAACUGAGCAGUUGUAUUGCAAAAUAUGAAAAAGAAGGUUGGAAUAGAGAGGACAAUAUCCCUGAUGUAGAACCUGAGUUUUGUUAUCCCUUACUUCACUGGGCAUGUGCUCUAGGUAAGGUCUCCACUGUAAAGUACUUAAUCAAGACUGAAGGCUACAACCCAAACCAAUUAACAGACCAGAGAGACUCCGGAAUACACCGAGCUGUGAAAUGUUUGGGAUCAAAGUGCCAGAAUACAACAAAGAAUAUUGUACAAUUAGAAGGCCUAUUAAACAUAAUUCCUGAGAACAUUGGCAUAGUGAAUAGUAAAGGAGAAACUCCCUUGCUUUUGUUGGUUAAAAUGAGGUCUGAAAUGGAAACCAACCCAGCUUUCUUCUCUGGUGCUGUUAGCUUAAUUUGCGCUUGUUCUAUGAAGCUUUCAGCAGAAAGCAGAUUUAGAGCUUUAGAUACACAGAAUAAAAAUGGUGAUACUGCACUUCAUCAGAUGGUUCAGCAAGAUGGCAUGUUGACUGAUAUUAAACGCAUAGUGGAAGCCAAGUGUAAACUUGGUGUGGAAAAUGGUUUAGGGUUGACUCCCUUGUUUCUUGCUGAGCAGAGUGGUAAACAAAAUUAUGUCAAGCUGUUGCUUGAUCACAUGCCAUCUUGCAUGGCUAACCGAAGUCGGCCAUCUCCACUUAGAAAGCGUAUAUCUGUUAAUGAAAAGUAUGUAAACAGAAAUGAUGAUGAUUCAAAACAAGAAUCUGCAACAAAGCCCAUGAAAAAAAGAUCAAGGACAAGAGCUGAUAGUGAGAGUGCAGAAAGCACAGAAUUAUCUGAUUCUGAAAGAAUGAGAAAGAAAUGUAACAUGCAUGAGCCUGAUUCAGAUCUGACAGUAGAACGAAUUGGUGAUAAUGUGCUGUAUAAUUCAAAGGAUUGUGCAAUACAGAUCAAGGCUGAAGUACAGGAAGAAAUGUGCAUAUGUAGAAAACAUGACAAACUUGUGACGAAACUGGGCAAUAAUAGCGUGGAUAAUUCAAGUGGAUUACUGAGGUAUCUCACAAUGAGUCCACCUGUCAAACAGCAAGUAGGGAACAUGCUACAAGACCAUAGAAAGAAAUUAGAAACUGAAUUAGAAGCAUGUGGGAAAGAUAGGCAAGCAAUUUUAAAAGCUAUUGAUACUUUGUCGUCCGAAGAACACAAGUGUAAAACUAGAAUGGUACAAUUACUGAAUGAGGUUGAGAAAUUACAAAAUGGUAUUGCAGAUAUGGAUAGACAGAGACAGGAACUCAAAAAGAGAAUGAUGGUCAAAGAUAAAGAACUUGCAGAGCAAACAGAACGAAUGUCUGUAUUAAAUCAAGGCUUGGCUUUUUGUUCACAGUAGCCAAAAACCAAGUUUUAUUACCAAAAUAUCAUCAUAUAUUUACUGUAUCCGAGUUUUGGGAUGUUUAAUAUUCUUUUUAGCAUCCAGACACCUAGUACUGCCAUGCCGUGGUGAUAUUGAAACAGUAAAACAAGGAAACAAGGCCAGUUUUGUUACCCAAACAUUGAUUGGAAACUUUCAAACCUAUUUUAUUACUUCAUCGUUAUACACUGUAUAUAUAUAAUUUUUAUUUUUCUAAGAACUUUGUCAUGUUUUAUAGACAAAUAUAUUCUU